AUGGGAAGGAGUUGGCCGGGCCCAUCGCUCUGUCAGUGGCGGCUGCUGCCUGCUCGGGAGGCAGGCUGCGCGGUGGCCGCCGAAGCUGGCAGACGUGGACACAGGCGCCGGGCUUUGCCCGCUUCUUGCAGCUGUGAAUUCCUUUGGACAAUUGAUGAUAUUUAUCAUUGUGCCCAGUUUCUAAAAAUAAAAGAUGGGUGGAUUAUUUUCUCGAUGGAAGGUAAAACAAAACCGUCAACUGUAGAAGUUCUGGAAAAUAUAGAUAAGGAAAUUCAAGCAUUGGAAGAAUUUAGGGAAAAAAAUCAGAGAUUACAAAAAUUAUGGGUUGGAAGAUUAAUUCUCUACUCUUCAAUUCUCUAUCUGUUUACAUGUUUAAUUGUAUACUUGUGGUAUCUUCCGGAUGAAUUUACAGCAAGACUUGCCAUGACACUUCCGUUUUUUGCUUUCCCAUUGAUCAUCUGGAGCAUAAGAACAGUACUUAUUUUCUUCUUUUCCAAGAGAACAGAAAGAAAUAAUGAAGCAUUGGAUGAUUUAAAAUCCCAGAAGAAAAAAAUACUUGAAGAAGUCAUGGAAAAAGAAACUUAUAAAACGGCUAAAUUAAUUCUUGAAAGGUUUGACCCAGACUCAAAGAAAGCAAAGGAGUUUGAGCCGCCAUCUGCUGGAGCAGCUGUAACUGCAAGACCUGGACAAGAGAUUCGUCAGCGAACUGCAGCUCAGAGAAACCUUUCUCCAACACCAGCAAGCUCUAGCCAGGGCCCUUCUCCACAAGUUCCAGUAUCUCCUGGACCACCAAAGGACAGUUCAGCCCCUGGUGGACCCCCAGAAAGAACUGUUACUCCAGCCCUAUCAUCAAAUGUGUUACCAAGACGUCUUGGAUCCCCUGCUACUUCAGUGCCUGGAAUGGGUCUUCAUCCUCCAGGUCCACCUUUAGCAAGACCCAUUCUCCCCCGAGAGCGAGGUGCUCUGGAUAGAAUUGUUGAAUAUUUAGUUGGUGAUGGUCCACAGAACAGGUAUGCCCUUAUAUGUCAGCAGUGUUUUUCUCAUAAUGGAAUGGCUUUGAAAGAAGAAUUUGAAUACAUUGCUUUUCGAUGUGCCUACUGUUUUUUCUUGAAUCCUGCAAGAAAAACUAGACCUCAGGCUCCAAGACUUCCAGAGUUUAGUUUUGAGAAGAGGCAGGCAGUGGAAAGCUCAAGUUCAGUUGGUCCCUUGCCCUCAGGAAGUGUGAUUUCGUCAGAGAACCAGACCAGUGAAGAAUCUUUAGAAGAACAAGAUGUUCUUGAUAACAGUACAGAGCAGACAGAUGAGAAAAUAUCAGAUACAGAGCAGACAAACCAAGGGAUUGAAAAAAUUUCUGGCACAGAGGACCCGGAGGAGAGACAAGAGACCGAGAAUGAGGAGACCUCGGUGAAUGAAGCCAAAUCAACAGUUCCCAGAGUGGAUUCUAUUCCGAAUCCUGAACUCAGUGGAGAAUCUUUGAUGGCAGUGUAGUAAAUGCUUCCACGUGCCUUCCACUGGACAUUUGUAGACUUGUU